CAGCGGGCCGGGGGAUGCGGCAUGAAAGCGACCAUGUGGACCCAUGUGGACCCAUGUGGAGGACUCUGUUGAGCCCCAUUGUGGAGGCUCGAGGAGGGGGGGUUGGGGGGGUCAGGCUGCUAUAAAACUGCUCUCCCCAGAGUGACACAACCAGAGGAGGUAGCAGACAUUCAGACUGAUUCUCUCCCAGCUGACACGAGGAGUAUCUCACAUUUGACACCACUGAUUUCUUUUUUUUUCUAAAAACCGGGACCAUGAUGAUCCCAAGUAUGCUCGCGCCUCCCGCCUUCUACCCGGGUCUGUACCGGCCCGCCGCCGGUCUGCCGCUCCACCACAGCCUGCCGUCCGCCUUCCACACUCACUCCAGCUUCCUGGUGGAGGACCUGCUGCGGAUCAGCCGGCCCGCCGCCUUCGUUAACCGGACCGUCCCGUCGGUGUGCGCCUCUAUGCCCACGGCCACCACCACCUUGUCCUUCGGCGGCUGCGCGCCCACGACGACCACCACCGCGGUGACGCGCGAUUCGUGCUCGCCGAAAAUGUCAGUGUCGAGCAGCAAGGACCCAACUUUUCUCAAGUUUGGAGUGAGCGCCAUCCUCGCACCUUCACCAAAGACCGUGUCCUCUCACCACCAUGCUUUCCACAACCUGACCUCCAAGACCUUCCCCAUGCCCUGCUUUGACGGGACCUUUCACCCCAUAUUCAGGACACCUUAUUUACCAGCAUCUUCAUCCGUGGUCCCUAUUCCCGGGACCUUUUCGUGGCCCCUGGCCGCCAGAGGGAAGCCCCGCAGAGGGAUGCUGAGGAGGGCGGUGUUCUCCGAUGUGCAACGCAAGGCCUUGGAGAAAAUGUUCCAGAAACAGAAAUACAUCAGCAAGCCCGACAGAAAGAAGCUGGCCUCUAAGCUGGGCCUAAAAGACUCACAGGUGAAGAUCUGGUUCCAGAACAGAAGGAUGAAGUGGAGGAACUCCAAGGAGCGCGAGCUGCUGUCGUCCGGCGGCUGUCGCGAGCAGACGCUGCCCACCAAAGCCAACCCGCACCCGGACCUCAGCGACGUGGGCAAGAAGUCCUCAGCUGAGGAGGAGGAGGAGGAAGAGGAGUUCAGGAGAGAGAAGAUGAGGGCCGGGUCCAGCAUCUCCUCUCCAUCUCUCUCCAGUAAGCACUCGGACUUCUCAGAGUCAGACGAAGAAGAAAUAACAGUAUCUUAAUUUAUUUAUUUUUUUAAAUAUAUAGAGAGAAUAUAACCCGUGUUUUGUUUUCAUAUGAGACUGUGACCACAUUUGUAAGAAGCCUGAAAGAGAACCCCAUAAAUGUCAUUGUUAAAAAACAACAACAAAAAAAACAACCUUCACUUAAGUUUGUUGCUUCAUCGGCGCAUGCGCACUGUACAGGAUCUGCUUCUGAGACACAAUUUGCUGUUUUGCACAGCUUUGUUCAAUUGUACGGUAUUUUGUACAAUUUUGUAUGGAAAUUUUAUGCCAAGAAUAUUGUGUUACUUUUACCUUGAAUAGAAUUGUUUAUUGAAAAAAAAUGUAGCUAUUUCGUUAAUAAUUUAUAUGAAUUUCUUUAAUAAGUAUGUUGUAUUAUGUGCUGUAUAUAUGUUUAUAUCACACUUUUUGUACAAAUACCAAAUAAAAUUGUAAAC